ACUGUCACCCAAUCCCGCCCACAAAAGGGCUGCGCCUCAAACUCUCGGCGGAGAUAGUGGGGAAUUCCCAGGCGUCAACAUUUCUCAUUUUUAAAAUCAAUACAUCAUCAUCAUUCAGUCCGGUCGUCUCAUUCAAACAAUAUCCCGUGAUAAGGGUGUUCACAACAUGGCACACAUGCAUUUGGUGCACAGGGACCCUCAUCCCUUGGUGAAUGAGCCCUCUGUGCGCAUCUUUGAGGAGCCCAAACAGAGGGGAAUGCGCUUCAGGUACAAGUGUGAAGGGCGUUCAGCCGGCAGCAUCCCAGGAGAGAAGAGCUCUGACAACAACCGAACCUACCCCAGCAUCCAGAUUUUAAAUUUCUUCGGGAAGGGCAAGGUGCGCGUGUCGCUGGUGACGAAGAACGAGCCCUACAGGCCACACCCCCAUGACCUGGUCGGCAAGGACUGCAAGGAUGGUUACUACGAGGCGGAGUUUGGGCCGGAGCGGCGCGUCAUAGCCUUUCAGAACCUGGGCAUCCAGUGCGUGAGAAGGAGAGAGGUGAAGGAAGCCAUAAUACACAGGAUGAACCGACACAUCAACCCCUUCAAUGUUCCUCGGGACCAGCUCCUGCAGGCAGAGGAGUACGACUUGAACGUGGUGCGGCUCUGCUUCCAGGUCUUUCUGCAGGACGAGACGGGCCAGUACUGCAAGGCUCUGAACCCCAUUGUCUCCAACCCCAUCUACGACAACCGAGCCCCCAACACAGCCGAGCUGCGGAUCUGCAGAGUCAACAAGAACAGCGGCAGCGUGAAAGGGGGGGAUGAGAUCUUCCUGCUGUGUGAUAAGGUGCAGAAAGACGACAUCGAGGUGCGUUUUUUCACUGAGAACUGGGAGGCGAAGGGCUCCUUCUCGCAGGCGGACGUGCACCGGCAGGUGGCCAUCGUCUUUAAGACGCCGCCGUACUUCGACCCCUCCAUCACCUCCCCCGUGUCUGUGCGCAUGCAGCUCCGCCGGCCCACCGACCAGGAGGUCAGCGAGCCCAUGGAGUUCCGCUACCUGCCUGACGACAAAGACCCCUAUGGCUGUCAGGAGAAGAAAAGGAGGAGAGAGGACCUGAUGAAAUCCUUCCCCAGCUUCAGUGCCAUGAACCCCAUGAGCAGAAUCAAGGCAGUGCCACGCAGCCCCAUGACGUCCCAAAACAUUAAGAAAGAGCCCCACAGCAUGUACAUGAAGCUGUCAGCCUCCGGCAUGAUGCAGCACAGCCCGUCUGUCAUGCACAGCAACCCCUCCUAUCAGCAGGCCAGCCCUCAGCGGGCCGGCAUGGCAUCGCACAGAGCCACCCAAUCAUCGCUGUCCAUGAGCCAGGUCUGGCCGCACGCCAACCCCGGCCUUUCCCUGGAAGCCAUCCAGAUCAACGCCUCCUCCGGCAUCGCCCCCGGUAACGGCGGCGGCAACAGCGCUGCCAUGCAGCAGCUGCAGCCCAACGCGUCGUUCCCGAGCUCCGGGGACGGCAGCAGCCUGCCGGUGCUCACAGAGGGCGACCUGCGGCAGUGCCUGGGCCCCGAGACGCAGGCCCCCGGCAGCCAGGGGCCCCCCCAGCAGCAGCAGCAGGUCUCUCUGUCACUGCAGACAAAGGAGCCCGGGAGCGAGGGGGCGGGCAUGCAGCCCUCCUGGCCCAAUUACAGCGUCCCCACAGCCCAGGACACCUUCAACGGCUGCGGCAUGGGAAUGCAGUACUACCUGAGCACGGCAGACAGCGAGGACUUCCUGCAGAGCAUUUCGGAUGCCCCCCCGGGGGGGUUCUCCCUCAAGCAGGAGCCCCACGCAGGCCAGGACGCCGCGCCCAACGCCGCCAUGAUGUCCUCCUCCGACUGCCCCAUGUCCUACACCCAGCUAAUGCCCCGCCCCGUCAACAACGGGGGUGUGCUGGAAGGUUUCGGGCAGGCCGGGGGCGAGGUCUCCGGCACCCCGGGCCUCAAAGGCCUGCAGGCCCAGUUCCCAGCCGGCUCCGGCACCACGGAGAACCACUUCGACAACUUCAACUGGCCCUGGUGAUUGAGCGGAGGGAGGCCCUAAGGCCGUCAGUGAGCAUGUGCUCUGAGACCGGGAGAGGAGGUAAACUGUUAUGAGUGUUGCUGUUUGGGUGAAAACUGGAAAGCAAUUUAUGAAAUGUGUUUUUGUGGGCUGCUCGUUGAGUUGAAUGUAUCUUUCAUCGCGGUAGUCAUGAUCAGUAAAGCGUACGCUGCCAAAUGAGCACACAGAAAACUGGAUCAACUGUUUCUUAAACACUUCUGUGUACCUUUUUCGAAAAUUACUGUUAAGGGUUAGGAACAGCCUAACUAAUGUCAUUUUAGUAUUUAUGUGUUUGUAAAUAUAUGAAGCCAUAGUUGGGACUUACAUGCGAAAGCUCUCGAGAGUGGCAACUUAUACCAUACUUCUGUUCCUUAAAAAGAAGUUAUAGGGGAUGUGGAAUUCCUUGGUAAUGGCUAUGUCAUAUGUAAAACAUGUAACAAGUUCUCAGAGCAUUGUUCCCCAACUCGGUGAACAAUAUAACCCUGCCACACAAGCAGGGCACAGCCUGUUAAGGACAGAUGUUUUUUUAAAUGUUGUGUUCAUGUUGUAUUAAUGCUUUUUCAGGGGUCAUGCUACAUGCAAAGGCUUCAUUAACGAUUGGAUGUUUUUCAGAGAAUGACUUGCAGUAUGGUAUAUUUGCUUUUCAGACCC